GAUCUCCAUAUACUUUUCCGGAUGGGUGGAAAACGCAUCGGUCAUCCAAGUUGGAUGUUAGUGUGAAAUAAAUAAGCCUGGAAGCACUGCAGGAAUCAUAAGAGUUGUUCAGUCCGCUGGUUAGCUCAAUGGCUAUCCAUGGUUUUGUAGAUUGGAAAGGAAAGCCUAUCAACAAAAAACGACAUGGUCGUGCACGAGCUGCCUCCUUCAUCUGCACACAAACGAUUUUGCUGAACUUUGCCUUCAUCCCGAUCUUGUUGAACUUGGUGACUUAUUUGCAUGGAACCAUGAACGAGGACAUUGCAAACUCUUCAACCAUGGUCAAUAACCUUGUUGGCGCAAGCUGUGCCUUCUCUCUCUUGGGAGCCUUCAUUUCUGACUCUUACAUCACAAGAUUUAAGACCAUACUCAUAUUUGGGCCUAUUGAAUUCAUGGGAUAUGGAUUACUAGCAUUGCAAGCACACCUUCCAUCACUCCAUCCUCCACAUUGCAACAUCAAUGACCAAGGCGAAAAUUGCCAGAAAGUCCAUGGCUGGAACUCUUUCCUUCUUUACGUGGGCUUGUACAUGCUAGCGUUGGGUGAUGGUUGUGUUCGUGUUUCAUCGCCAUCACUGGGAGGGGAUCAGUUUGAUGGUGAAGAUCCGGUUGAAGUAAUAGAAAGAACUAGCUUCUUCAAUUCUUACGCAUUUGGGAUCUCACUAGGAGGAUUAAUAGGGCUAGUUUUGCUAGUGUGGAUCCAGAAUAACAAGGGUUGGGAUAUUGGGUUUGGUGUUAGUGCUCUUUCAGUUCUCUUGUCAGUGCUUGUGGUUGCUAGUGGUUUCUCUUGCUAUCGCAAUCAGAUACCGGAAGGAAGUCCCAUAGCCAGGACGCUACAGGUUUUAGUAGCAGCAUUCAGAAAGAGAAAUGCGUCACUGCCUGAAAACCCAGAAGACCUACAUAAAACUCCUCAAAAAGGCACCAAUGAAGUGGAAGUGCUUUCUCACACACAUGGAUUCAAGUUCCUUGACAAAGCUGCUAUCGUUGGUGAGCAUGGAUCUGACAAUGGCCCGUGGUCCUUAUGCACUGUAACUCAAGUGGAGGAAACAAAAGUUGUCUUGGGAAUGAUUCCUAUCAUCAUCAGUUCCAUCUUGGGUAGCAUUCCAAAUGGCUUAGUCGUAAGUUUGACUGUGCAACAAGGCACGACCAUGGACACCAGGCUCGGGAAAAUUCGAAUCUCGCCUGCAAAUCUAUUUAUAAUCCCACAAUUCUUUCAGACUGUGAUGCUCGUAGUCUAUGACCGAUCUAUAGUGCCAAUUCUGAGAAGGAUGACAGGGUACACAGGCGGUAUAACUCACUUGCAACGCGUUGCUAUUGGCUUUUUAUUUGCAGCAUUCGCGACGUGCGCAGCAGCAGUGGUGGAGAACAGAAGGAUGAAAAUUGUAGAGGAGAACGGGCUUCAAGACAUGACGACUGGCGUCCCGAUGUCAGUAUUCUGGCUCGUCGUGCAGUUCUGUUGCUUGGGUGUCGUUGAUGUUACUUCUUUCGUUGGACUGCUGGAAUUCUUCAACAGUGAAGCGCCGAGAGGAAUGAAAUCAAUAGGGACAGCGAUCUCUUGGUGCGUGUUUGGCUUAGCUGCUUUCCUGGGAUCUAUUACAGUUGAAUUGGCAAAUAAAGCAAGUAGACAUGGUACCAGUGGAAGAGGAUGGAUAGAGGGGAACAACUUGAAUAAGAGCCACCUUGAUUAUUUCUACUGGCUGCUCUGCUCUAUGCAAAUUCUCGCACUGUUGAAUUUUAUCUACUGGGCUAGGAGGUACACUUAUCGACAGAAUUUACAUAUCCAAGAAGGAAAUCUUCAAUCCCAAUCUAGAGAGAUUGGCAGCGAUAUAUCUCCAUGACAAAAAAAUUAUUUCAUGUGUCCCGUAACGAGAUCCUCCGAGGAUUCAAGAUUACCUGCGAGCCCAAAAAAUUUCCAUUCUAACACAGCAUCAGAUUCAGUUCUAGUGCUCCUUGUGUGCAUCCAACAAAGGCCCAAUUCUACUGCUCGUUGUCUACAUCCAACAAAGGCCCAAUAACUGUCUGAGACACUGACACUUGGUGACCUAAUAUCUCCAAUUUAUAAUGAGUGUGCCUUGCGCUAGACAAUGGUCGUGGUGAUUUGACCUUUAAAUCCACGCAAUGCCUUAAUGUAAAAAUUUUCCACCGUCUUCGAAAAAAAAAUAAAGUAUCUACAGGUGGGAAAGUUCAAAGAUUUCUAAA